CCAGGUUCCGCCAUGAUGCCGCCACCUGCGUCUCGUUUCCUGGGAAUUAAGGGCACGGCGGCCCCGCCCCUACCUGCGCGCCGUUACGCUCCGAGCAGCAGUCUCCUUCCGUAGCGCGACAACCAGACAUGGCAGGAGUGGGGGGCACCCUCGGCUUCCAAUCUGCGCAGGGCGUUACGUGCCGCGCUCUACCUGGCUGAUCCUAUUAAGAUACUGAUGCCAUCGCUUUCUCCUACAAUGGAAGUAGGAAACAUCGUGAAAUGGCUGAAAAAGGAAGGUGAAGCUGUGAGUGCUGGAGAUGCCUUAUGUGAAAUAGAGACAGACAAAGCUGUGGUUACCUUAGAUGCAAGUGAUGAUGGCAUCUUGGCCAAAAUAGUGGUUGAAGAAGGAUCUAAAAAUAUACGGUUAGGGUCACUAAUUGGUUUGCUGGUUGAAGAAGGAGAAGAUUGGAAACAUGUUGAAAUUCCCAAAGAUAUAGGUCCACCACCUCCAGCUUCAAAGCCAGCGGCGCCUCCUCCCUCACCAGGACCACAAGUUUCCCUCCCUGCCAAGAAGGAACAUGCACCCGGGAAACUGCAGUUCCGUUUAAGUCCAGCUGCCCGCAAUAUUCUGGAAAAACAUGCACUGGAUGCUAGCCAGGGCACAGCCACUGGCCCUCGGGGGAUAUUCACUAAAGAAGAUGCUCUCAAAUUGGUCCAGUUGAAACAGACGGGCAAGAUCACUGAAUCCAGACCCACCCCAGUUGCUCCACCCACUCCUGUCCAGCCUUCGCAACCACAGGCCACAGCCAUGCCAUCUUAUCCCCGGCCACUCAUCCCACCGGUAUCAACUCCUGGACAACCCAAUGUAGCGGGCACAUUCACUGAAAUCCCUGCUAGCAAUAUUCGAAGAGUUAUUGCCAAGCGGUUAACUGAAUCUAAGAGUACUGUGCCUCAUGCUUAUGCUACUACUGAUUGUGACAUUGGAGCUGUUUUAAAAGUUAGACAAAGUCUGGUCAGAGAUGACAUUAAAGUAUCAGUAAACGAUUUUAUCAUCAAGGCUGCAGCUGUAACCCUUCAACAAAUGCCAGUUGUUAAUGUAAGUUGGGAUGGAGAGGGUCCAAAGCAACUGCCUUUUAUUGACAUUUCAGUGGCUGUGGCCACAGAUAAAGGUUUAAUCACACCAAUCAUAAAAAAUGCUGCUGCUAAGGGUAUACAGGAAAUUGCUGACUCUGUAAAGGUUUUAUCAAAGAAAGCAAGAGAUGGAAAAUUGUUACCUGAAGAAUAUCAAGGAGGUUCUUUUAGUAUUUCCAACUUGGGGAUGUUUGGCAUUGAUGAAUUCACUGCAGUGAUCAACCCCCCUCAGGCUUGCAUUUUGGCUGUUGGGAGAUUCCGCCCUGUGCUGAAGCUCACUCAGGAUGAAGAGGGAAACGCCACGCUGCAGCAGCGCCAACUCAUAAGGGUCACAAUGUCGAGUGACAGCCGUGUGGUCGAUGAUGAACUGGCUACCAGGUUUCUUGAAAAUUUUAAAGCAAACCUAGAGAAUCCUAUCCGACUUGCCUAGUCCUCAAAGAUAAGAAGGUGGUCUUUGACAUAGUUGCAUUACUGUUACCAAGAAAUAUAUACUGUGGAAGACAGGUAUUUAAGUGUGAAAUGGAUAAAAUGUUUAUUUAUUUAAGGUAAAAGAGUUUGACCCAAGUUGUCUUCAUUUUCACUUUGGGGUUAAUGUUGUAGAAGUAGGUGAUAAGUGUAAUGAAUAAGAGAGAAUAUUUGAUUAGUCAGAUCCAUUUUAACCUCUGGUGCUAAAAGGGGUGUUAACUAGAUGUAAAUUAUAACUUUGGCUCAUUUGAGCAUUUUAGAAUACUUGAGAAUGUAUGAUAACUUGUAAAAUCAAAAAAUUAUUAGAACCUAAUUGUGUCAAAAUUAGAACUGGUCUUUAAAGGGAUUCCCAUGGGACUCCACUGUUACAAGCACUGUUCUAGGUAUGUUUGAACUACUCAUGUACAGUUUACUCUGGAUAAAAGUAACUAAAUAAGGGUCAUAUUGUAUUAGAGGUUGUGGCAAAAUUAUUGAAUUUUGUAUGUAUAUAAAGCCAUAUGUUUCAGAGUGGUUUCUAUUAGUCUUAUUUUUCACUUCUAUAACACUGUGAACUUACAAAGAAGAAUAAUUAAAAAAUACAAAAUGAGA